AGCAGGAUUCACAACAUGGCAGGUAGACAAACUGUUGCGAGCUAUGCACUACCUCUUCCACAAUGUUCCUGCCCGUAGAGAAGAUUACACUGCCACCACAGGAUCUUCUACUUUUCCCCGAUCUUUCUGUGGCCACAGGUGGGUGGAAAAUGUCCCUGUGGCUGAGAGAGCUGUCGACAUUUGGCCCAUGCUUUUAACAUACAUUGAUGCAGUUCAGAAGAAAAAGGUGCCAAACCCCAACACGGCGUCAUAUGAUACCAUAUUGGCUGCGCGGGAUGAUGAUUUAAUAAUUCCAAAGCUCCAGUUCUUCUUGUCAGUUGUACGAAGCUUCAACCCCUUCCUGAUCAAAUAUCAGACCGACGAGCCUGUGCUGCCCUUUUUGGCUAAAGAUCUGAAAGAACUCCUGAUGGCUUUACUGCGACGAUUUGUUAAAAGGGAACUUUUAGAGGACCGAAGCUCACUGCAAAUGAUCACAAUCCAGGUAUCUGAUGAGAAGAACUGGGUCUCUCUUAAAAAUGUGGACAUCGGCCUGGGUGCUGAAUCUGCCAUCAAGGCCCUUCAGAGCAAAUCAGGAGGCAAGAUAGGGGAGCUUUCUGUGCUAACCUUCAGGAAAGAAUGUUUGCAGUGCCUUGUUAAGGUAGUCAGGAAAUUGCAGGACAAAUCCCCCCUAAAGUUUCCUAUGGUUAGGCAAAUUGGAUGCCUUGAUCCCACAAGAAUCCACCAAGAACCGGAGUGGUGCAUCAAGCAAAUGAAGAGUGUAGUGCAGACAUUCCUUCAGGGAAAGAAAUUGACAGGUGGCAUUCCAGCAGGUGAUGUUAUCAUUCAGCAGUUUGUAUCCUUGACCUCAGUGGAAGGACGAGAUGAACGUUUCCUGGCCUUUAAACCAAUGAAGGACCGCCUUGAUGUGUUUCUUUACACAACUCUCAGCACAUCUUACCCUGACUUACUACAGUUUUGCAAGAGUCUCCUCCUUCUAUCCCAUGGCCAAGCCACAGUUGAAAGAGGAUUUUCAAUUAACAAAGAGGUGGAAACAUGCAAUCUCCAGGAUAGAACGCUGGAAUCACUUCGAUUAGUCUGUGACCGGAUCAGCAGUUGUGGGGGCAUUUUAAAAGUGCCUCUGACAAAGGAGCCCCUUGCCUCUGCUUCAUCUGCAAGAUCUCAGUAUAGACUGUACCUGGAGAAUGAAAGAAAAAAGAAGGAGAGUGCCGCACAUGCUCUAAAGAGGAAGGCAGUGGAGGAGGAGCUUUUGGACCUCAGAACCCAGCAUGAGGUACUAAGCCGUGUUUGUGAGUCACUUGAAAAUGAUGCAGACAAGUUGGCAGAGCAGGCUGAGGGGAAGGCCGGGUCCAAAAUGGCUGAAUUUAUCAUCAAGUCCAACACACUUCGCAGAAGGCAAAAAGAAAAAAAAGAAGAGCUUCGCCAACUGGAGGAAAGAAUUGAAGAGAAGUCUUCACAACGGAGACUUUUGUGACUGUGCCUCUCGCCUCCGUCUUAAUGUCACAAUUUCUCUCAUUCCCUCCCCUUUUUUCUCUCUCUCCCUCUGUAUCUCUCUCAGUCUGCCAGCUAAAGUUAUCUGCUGAUGAAUACAAGUCAAAUUCUUACAACUUCUCUCUUAAAAUUUGUUUUGGGACAUGUUCAAA